ACACUGUCUCUUAUUUUAAGAAAACAACGACCUCUAGCUACCUGUAUUCAGGUUCUUCACAAUAGCGGGUGAACGGCGGUGACAAAAUCACUAAUACUGUACAUAAGACCAAACCGCGGUGUGCUUUGCCUUUCAUUGGAGGAGCUCCGGUGGAUAACUUAAGUUUUCCUCUUGUUUACUACGACUCUUGGCCUUUUGUGGCUGACGCAGUAAAGAAUUAGUCAGAUGACUUCGCGUGUGUAAGAUUUUUUCGGCUUUUUUUGUGUAAUUCCCCGUUUUAAUUUUAGGUGAAACUGAAAAGUGUGCGCUGUGUGGCCGUUCCCAGCAAUGGGUAGCGCAUUCACUCUGUCGUACAGCAAUUAGAAGAUGAAGAAACGGACAAUGGGACGCACUACAUUCGGACUGUUACACUCCAGCUUGGACCCACCUGCGAUUCUGGUGUUUCAUCACUUGAUUUUUGCCUUGAUCAAAGCUACAAUGGUGGCAAGCAGCCCAGUCAUUGCUGACUGUCCCAUUGGCCAUUUUCCCUGUGGAAAUCUAACAGAUUGUUUGCCUCAGAAGUUGCACUGCAAUGGCAUUAAAGAGUGUGAAAAUGGUGCCGAUGAAGAGAACUGUGGAGAUAACAGUGGGUGGGCUGACCUUUUUGACCGUACUGUCGGAACGUUACAUCAGCAAAGCCAACCCAAGCACUGCUUUCUACAAGAAUAUCCUGAUUGCUGUGAAUGCAUAGAAACAGAGGUGAAAUGCGUGCAAGAAAAUUUAAAUUCUGUGCCACUGGUUUCAACAAAUGUGACUGUUCUGUCCCUCAAUGGCAAUGAAAUAGAAAAGCUUCCUGAAGAUGUUUUUUCAAAGUACUCAGAGCUACAGAAACUAUUCCUUCAAAAUAACUGCAUCAGAUCAGUAUCAAGCAGAGCAUUUAGUGGGCUGUAUAAGCUUCGAAAACUGUCUCUCAGUCAAAACUGCAUCACAUUAUUGAAGCCUGGAGUUUUCAGUGAUCUGCCUAAAUUACAAUGGCUAAUCCUUGAUGAUAAUCCAAUAAAGAGCAUUAGUCAGCAAACAUUUGCUGGGUUAAAGUCCUUAUUUUUCUUGUCCAUGGUAAAUAACUCACUGGAGCAGCUUCCCAAAGCAAAACUGUGCUCAGAGAUGAUGCUUCUUAACUGGCUGGACUUUUCGGGGAACAAUGUCAAAACGAUCAAUUUUUCCACGCUCAUGAUGUGCAAUGAACUUACUGUUUUAUCACUACAUGGCAAUAAAAUAGAAUUUCUUCAAGAAAAUACAUUCCAGCCACUCAGAAGACUCGAAGAACUAGAUAUAUCAAGCAAUAGGAUUACAGAACUACCAUACAAUAUCUAUAAGGACUUAAAAUCCCUACAGAAACUAAAUAUGUCACAUAAUCCACUCAGUCACAUACAUCUUGGUCAGUUUGAUCAUCUUUACCAGCUCAAAUCCUUAGUAAUGGAGGGCAUAGAAAUCCCAAACAUACACAGCAGAAUGUUCCAGCCCAUGAGGAACCUAUCUCACAUAUAUUUUAAAGAGUUUCAGUACUGCUCCAGAGCCCCUCAUGUACGGAUGUGCAAGCCGAAUUCUGAUGGGAUUUCUUCCUUUGAGGACCUUCUAGCAAAUAUUAUCCUCAGAGUUUCUGUCUGGGUCAUCGCUUUCAUCACCUGCUUUGGCAAUGUCUUUGUCAUCUGCAUGAGGACCCUGAUAAGAGCUGAGAACAACCUCCACGCCAUGUGCAUUAAGGUUUUGUGCUGUGCUGACUGCUUGAUGGGAGUAUAUCUAUUCUUUGUUGGGGUAUUCGACCUGAAAUUCAGGGGAGAGUACAAUCGAAAUGCUGAGCAGUGGAUGGAAAGCCUUGAGUGCCGCACAAUAGGAUUUUUGGCUAUGCUCUCCUCUGAGGUGUCUGUGAUGCUCCUAACGUACCUGACGCUGGAGAAGUACUUAGUCAUUGUCUUCCCUUUCAACAACACUCGCCCGGGAAAAUGCCAGACUCUGAUCAUGCUGGCAUCCAUAUGGCUCAUUGGGUUUUUCAUUGCUGCAGUCCCUCUGCUGAAUGAGGAUCUGUUUGGCAACUAUUAUGGUCGGAAUGGGGUCUGUUUCCCUCUUCAUUUAGACAGUCUGGAAAAGCCUACAGCCAAAGGGUAUUCUACAGGAAUAUUCCUGGGGCUCAACCUGGUUGCCUUCCUCAUCAUAGUCUUCUCCUACACAAGCAUGUUCUACUCCAUCUACACGACGGGCCUGAACACCACAGACACACGGAGUCGCCUCCACAAGGACGUAGCGGUUGCCAACAGAUUUUUUUUCAUUGUGUUCUCUGACGCCCUCUGUUGGAUUCCUAUUUUCCUAGUGAAACUCCUGUCUCUGUUGAAGGUGGAGAUUCCAGGAACCAUAACCUCGUGGGUGGUGAUAUUCAUUCUGCCCAUCAACAGCGCCCUGAAUCCCAUCCUCUACACACUCACCACCAGCUUCUUCAGAGAGCAAGUGGAAGUGUUGCUCUGCAGGUGGCAGAGAAAUGCUGAACACAAAAAGGACAGGAAGAGCCUGACCACCUCUGUCAUAUACAUGGAUCCCUGCAAACAACCCUACUACCACCAAGGACUCCUACAGCAGAUCUCUAUUGGGGAGAUGAAUGCCAAGUAUGGAUUAUGAGUAAGGAGUAUUAUCAUAGUCCUUAAGAAUGAACCAACAAUAUUGUUUUCCAAGGAUUACUUUUCCUUGCAUGCCUGCAGAAUUAUACAGACAGCAGGCUCACUUUUCAACUGGCACCCCUGACACUCUCUGUGUGAAUUUCAUCGAUGAUGAAGACCUUUCCCAUUAUAAUUUGAUACCGUCCACUCCAGGCAGACAUUAACCGAGUGCCGAAAAUGUAUAUAAUUGUGGAGAGGAGGUGCAUUUCAUUGUUUCAUUUUCAGUGCUUCUGAGACUCAACAACAGACUAAUGACUGUAUUGUUUACAAGCAAGGUUUUGUAUGAAUUGUUGUUUUUUUUAAAAAAGGCAGGGGGUGUCCCCUUGAAGGAAAAUCUUGAGCAUUCUCCACAUGUGAGGGACUCUCAUCUAAAAACCAAAACUUGUUCUAUUUCAGAUUGUGUACAGUCUGAAAACGUUUUACAUUUUAGAAUGUGUACAGUAUCUAGACGAAUGUACAGUAAAUAAAAGACAAAGUGCUUCAUUUGUACAAGCAAACAUGUCGUGUGACUCAAACUAUGGUUUUGAAAGCCCAACAAUUGCCUGAGAUGGAUAUACUUGUCAUCUUUACAAGUGUGAAUUAUUUAGGCUCCAGGUUGUUUCUGUUUGUUUUUUUAAAUGAAUUAUAAAUUCUUUGCCUAUUUUGCAGUUUGUUGGAAUCCUUUACCUGUGGAAUUCCUAAUAACUUAGGUCAUGCCAAUCCACCAGCACUGAAAAAAUCUCCCAAAAUAUUUGCUUUUCCAUGAAAAUAGUAUUUUCCCAAUGCAGUUUUUUUGUGUGUGUUUUCUUGUUUACAUUGUUCUUUUAUUUUGAUUAAUGGUUCGCAGUUCUCUUUUUUCAAGGCUUUUACAAUGGAGAUUUACCUACAGGUAACCUGCUUUAUAAAAUGAUUGACAAAAAAUAAGAAUUAAUAGUGACCUGUUUUUGUUGUGAUUGGGUUUCAAAAAUGCAGCCAACAGCUCAGGAGUUUUAGAGAAACCCCAAUCAAUGUACAGUACCUAACUGAGAGAAAAAGAAAAAAAGGCAUUUGCGGAUGUAUUUGUGCUUUAACCUUGAGUCUUGGCUUGAAGGAUGAUAGUCCCAAACUCCCUAGAAAAUAGGCAAAGUAUCGCAGCCUUCAUUGGGUUGGUGGAGGUGUGUCUGUGCAUGGAAUGCUGGGAUGGAAGGUCCCAUACUUAUUUGAGGCCCCCUAGCGAACCAGUGAUUGGAUCUAGCUGGGAUCUGUCUCUUUCCUAAAGUUUCAUUAUAAACCCCUUUUCUCUGUCCAUAGUGAAAGACUGUUGGUAUAAUGCAUUUUAAUCCAUUGAAGGAGUUCCUGAGGAAAUGCUUUCAGUACCCUCUUCCACCUCUUCUGUUUACAUAUUGUUUCUCAAAACCCAGUGCAGAUUAUAGUCUAAUAUAUUUUGCACCUAUGUAAUUUAAUGUUACGGAACUUUUUUUGUAUGUGAACAAUUUUUAUCAUACAAAAUGUUCUUUCUAUAUCAUUAAUUAUCUAAUGGAAAAUCAGGCAGUUUUUAAGAGUUAGAGAGAUUAACAAUUUACAAUAAACUGAAACAGAAAUCUCCAAACCUGAAUUUACAGUGUUCUCAGAAUAAAUGAUAAAAUUGACCUAUAUGCAGUUCCCUCCUUAGAGCUCCUGGUACCUCAGAUUCCAGAAAGAACACUUGUAUUCCUAAGAGUCAAUAUAUUUUUAAAAUAUUAUUUGAUGUAAUCUACUGUGUAAUUACAGUAUUCUGCAACCCUUUAUUUUCUUUUCCCAUUUUGUCAUUGUUUUCUAUUAGUUCAUACUAUUUUUAGAAAGCAGGAGACUUCUACAAACCCUCACUGAAACACCUAUAUGAACAUUGAAAGCUAAAUAACUAAAUGUAAAAUAACAUUGUGAAAAAUAUCAUAAUAAAAAUUGAACACUAGCCUUCUUGUUAAGACCUUCAUAGAAAAUACAUAAAACUAAUCUCUAAAUGAUUGUAUUUUAUUGCAUUAUUUCACCCGCACUACAAAGUGACAAUCUUUCACUGCUUAAAUAAUAUAUAUUUCAUCUAUAAUUUACUAUUGAUUCACAUUGAUCUGGCUAUUGAUUAACUAAAUCAAUUGUUGAGCCUGUAAAAAAGCACAUGAAAAUGUUGAACAUUGUCUCAUGAAAGAGAACACACCGUGUCUUGAAUUUCUUCUUAAGGUCAAAACUGAGACUUUUCUAUGUGCCCUAAAGUGCUUUUUGGUAACAGUUCGUUCUAAUAUGAGGGUCUGCCAUCAAGCACAAGCUGCAUAUCAUCUGAAGAACCCCUCUCUAAGAAAGUGUUGAUUUGUAAGGAAUAAGUGAUAUCUGUGAAAUAUGACUAUGAGCUUUUUUUAUUUCCUCUGAACCAGGUUCUCUUGAAUAAUGUGACAGCAGUUGCUGGCAAAGGAAAUCUCAGAAAAAAUCCAGAAUGAAGUAGAAAAUCUUCAGUUCCCUUGAAGAAGCACAAUUACAGCAUUCCUCACACAAAUCUCUUUCUGACACUUUUGAUUAUUAAGCAAAUUAUUCCAGGACCAGAGUUACAGAUCUGAGGCACUAUCUGCGUGGAGUUUGUAUGUUCUUCCA